GAAAUACUGAAAUUAUAAAUGAUUUGGUGACAAGCUGAGCUUGCAAUGCAGGCAAUAAAAACCGUGGAAAAAGAGGUGACUUUUAUAAAGGAAACACUUUUCACAGAAUCCUUCCUGAGGCAGCAAGAGUGCAGCAGAAGCCGGGCGAGCAGGCAGCUCCAAGAGCAGCAGCCAUUGGAAGGAGCUGUCUGCAGCUCUCAGUGCUGCACUGAGCAUGUCCCAGCGGAGCCCAGUGCGAGCAGCACAUUAUGCAAAAAGGCAGCUCUAGCAGAUGGGAGAGAGGCACAGCAAGCGUUUGCUUCACUUGCAUCACCACCGCUUGAAAACAAACCUGGAUCGCUAGAGGGGAUCUCGCCGGCAGGCCAAAGGAAUGAAACCCGGGAGGAUGGCCUGAUUGCCGGAGGUGGUGCACUGCGAAAAAUCAUGGGGAAUCAAGAUGGGAAGCUAAAGAAAAAUACAGGUGAUGUGCAAGAAGGAGGAGAAGAUGCCUCUGGGCCCAAGGAUACGGACGGCACAAAGAAGGUAUCGGGAGGCAGAAGGGGACUGGGGAAGCAUGCAAAAGGAGGCGAAUCGGGUAAGAAGAAGGGUAAGUCGGACUCCAGGCCCUCUGUGUUUUCAAAUCUGAGGAUCAGAAAAAAUCUGUCCAAGGCUAAAGAUGGGAAUAGCAGUUCACGGGAGGAUGUUUUGGAAAGCCAGGCCUUGCAGCCUGGGGAGCUGGACAGCACUCAUUCAAUUGUAACCAAAACUCCCGAUAUAAGCAUCUCUGCAGACGAAGGGGGUCUCUCAGACACAGAUGCUGAACAUUUUGAAAUCAGAAAUGAAACUGUUCCAGCUGCUGCAGAGACACAGGAUGGACAAAGGACCAGCUCUGGCUCUGAUACGGAUAUAUACAGUUUCCAUUCAGCCGCAGAACAAGAGGAUUUGCUUUCUGAUAUCCAGCAAGCUAUUAGACUGCAGCAGCAGCAGCAGCAGGGGGCAAUUAACAUUGGAACUGAGGACCUCGCCACCAAAACAAUGGGCCGACACUUGGCUAAUUCUCAGGCAACCCCCUUAGAUUUUGAACGGUUUUUCUCGGUAGCUAGCACUGAGAGAGAGAAGAGCCCAGACACCGAGGGGGCUUUUCCAGCGGUAUCGGAAACCGUGGAAAACAUUCCCGUCUCCUGUGCGACUGAACGUGAAUUUACAGAAGUGGUAAAUGGCACAGGCUCUCCUGGAAACGGCUCAGUUGAAACACAAGAACAUCAGCCACUGAUUGAGGAACAGCUCGUUGCUGGAGUGGAUGCUGUAGCCAGUGAACUACAGGAUGGUUUGACUAGAACUGCAGUAGAAAACGGGUCUCAGACACACAGCUCUACACAACCCUUUCCAACUUCAGUGGCAGAUGCUGAGGCUAAAAUUGCUGAAGUGCAGGCUGUUGAUUUUCAGGGCUCAGUAACAGAGGGUGGUAUUUCAGAUGCAGGCCGUGAUCGUGCUGCUGAGACUCAGGAAGGGAAACACACUGUGUCAGGCAGUCAAGAGGAGCUGCGCAAUGGUUUGUCCACGGAAAUGAAAAAUGGCAGUUUGUCCUCUGAAGGAACAGCAGACAGCCCGAUGCUUGGUUCCCGAUGUUUUAAGCCCUAUCUAAUUAAUCCCUGUUACAUCAAAACCACAACUAGGCAACUGAGUUCUCCCAACCAUUCACCUUCUCCCUCCCCAUCCCAGAGCCCACUUUUCACCAGGAGGCAGGAGUCCUUCCACAAGAAGGAAAAAGUCUCGGUCAGGAAGAAGAGGUCUGCUAGUUUGGCAGGUUUGUUCAGUCGCUCUGCAGACUGGACAGAAGAGGUGUCUAAUCACAAAAGCGAGGUAACGGAGAAGGUGAGCUCUGCAGACUAUUUGGAGCACAAGGGAUUUAGAGAGAAAUUUCAAACGGAAAGAGUGCCUUUGACUCAUUCAAGGAAGUCCUCAGGGGUCCAGGCUUCUACAGAGACAUUUCCCAAUGUCUUUUCAGGACGAACUCUGUUGGAAAAGCUCUUCAGCCAGCAGGAAAAUGCACCGCAAGAAGAAGCAGAAAAACUGUGUUCUCGCAUUAUUGCAAUGGGUCUUUUGCUUCCAUUCACUGACUGCUUCAGAGAGCCAUGUAACCAGAGUGCCAAGCAAAGCACACCCACGUUUGAUCAAGACCAGCUUUAUACUUGGGCUGCAGUUAGCCAACCCACACAUUCAGCAGAUUACAUUGAAGGAAGCUUUCCAAGGAGAAUUCCAUCUGCGUGGCCUCCACCCAAACCUCCAGAUGCAGAACAAAGGCUCAAAAUUUCAGAACAAGAGUUGAAAUCUACAGUCCCAGAAACAGAGAAGCAAUACACAGGCGAUGUUCAGCGAGAACAGGAGGAUUUUGAGGUGAAAUCUGAGGAGCGUGCCAGUGUCAUCCAGCAACUUGAGCAAACUAUUGAGGAUCUGAGGACAAAAAUUGCAGAACUAGAGAAACAGUUCCCUGCUGCAGAGGUACAGGCUGCUGGGAGGGAGCAGGAAAAUGAUCACGCACAUGCAGACUCUGGGGAACUCGGCAGUGUGACUCUUCAAAGGAAUGAAGAGGAGACCACACCCAGGACUGUGUCACAGGCGAGAUCCGUACAAACGUCACCAACAGAGGAUUAUUUAACACAUACAAUGCCUUCAGCCAGUGCACUGCCACAGCCACCCCCACCACCGCACAUAGAAGGGGGCAAAAGUGAAGGGCCGACUCAGAAAUUGCCAGCUCUAGAACUACAGCCCACAUUUUGUUCUGAAAUCUCCUUAAUUCUGUCACCGAAGCUAAUCUCAGUGCCAUUGGAUGCAAGCCAAUCAGUACAGAGUAUACCGCAGUCACCUCUUCCAGGACCCAAAGUUGAUUUGUCCCUUGCAUUUGAAGGAGAGACUGAAAUGUCAGUUUCCCAACAACCUCUAAGUACUGUAGAUGUAACUUGUAGUGAACAUCCCCCUUCCUUGCCCCCAGAGCCCACAUGUAGCAUUCCCCCAUCACUGCCAGUGACUGAACAGGCUGCCCCCCUGUCUGGAGCACAUGGUCAUUCCUUUGUUACUCCCACGUCUAUGGCAGGAUUGCCACUGCCACCACCCCUACCUGGCUCAGGACUCCCUUCUUCUGCUGUCUCAGCAGUGACACACCUGGACCACUCUUUCCCAGGCGCCAUGACGUCACCUCUCCCUCCUCCUCCACAUUUGCCAAGUGGGGAGAUACCAAUGCCGCCUCCAGCUCAUCUCCUCCCAUGUCCUGGAUUCCCUCCACCACCUCUACCACCACCUUUGCCUGGAGCAGGAGUCCCAUCUUCUCUGCCCGGUUGGGGUAUUCCACCUCCCCCUCCACCACCACCUUUACCUGGAGCUGGUGUCCCUCCUCCACCUCCUCCUCUGCCUGGCCUGGGAUUGCCACCCCCAGCACCACCGCUUCCUGGAGCAGGACUGCCACCACCUCCCCCACCUCUGCCUGGAGGGAGCAUUCCACCCCCUCCGCCCCCUCCACCACCUCUGCCUGGUGUAGGUGUGCCCCCUCCUCCACCACCUCUGCCUGGUGUAGCUGUGCCCCCUCCACCACCUCUGCCUGGUGUAGGUGUGCCCCCUCCUCCACCACCUCUGCCUGGUGUAGGUGUGCCCCCUCCUCCACCACCUCUGCCUGGUGUUGGUGUCCCUCCACCACCCCCUCCUUUGCCUGGGUUGGGGAUGCCUCCUCCAGCCCCACCACCUUUGCCUGGAAGUGCACCACCCCUUCCAGUACCAGUCCAGGGUGGAAGCUACCCAGCAGUCCCACAGGGCUGUGGUUUUCUUCCUCCUCCAUUACCAUCUGGUUUAUUUGCAAUGGGGAUGAAUCAGGAGAAAGGGAGCAGGAAACAUGUGAUAGAGCCUUCUCGGCCAAUGAAGCCUCUUUACUGGACAAGAAUUCAGCUUCACAGUAAAAGAGAUUCUAGUGCUUCACUUGUGUGGGAAAAAAUUGAAGAGCCUUCCAUAGAUUAUCAUGAGUUUGAAGAACUGUUUUCUAAAACAGCUGUUAAAGAGAGGAAGAAACCCAUUUCGGACACCAUUACAAAAACAAAGACUAAACAAGUUGUCAAGUUGUUAAGUAACAAAAGAUCUCAAGCUGUUGGAAUAUUAAUGUCUAGCCUCCAUUUAGACAUGAAGGACAUUCAGCAUGCUGUUGUGAACUUGGACAACUCUGUGGUUGACCUAGAGACACUGCAAGCCCUGUAUGAGAAUAGAGCACAAUCAGAUGAACUAGAAAAAAUAGAAAAGCAUAGCAAGGCAUCCAAGGAAAAAGAAAACGCCAAGUCUUUGGACAAGCCAGAACAGUUCCUCUAUGAACUCUCGCUGAUUCCCAACUUUUCAGAACGUGUGUUUUGCAUCCUGUUCCAGUCAACAUUUUCAGAAAGCAUUGGUUCAAUCCGUCGCAAACUUGAAUUGCUACAGAAGCUGUGUGAGACACUGAAGAAUGAAUCAGGAGUUAUGCGAGUUCUGGGUUUGGUUCUUGCCUUUGGAAAUUACAUGAACGGUGGAAACAGGACACGAGGACAGGCUGAUGGGUUUGGACUAGAUAUCCUGCCAAAGCUUAAAGAUGUCAAGAGCAGUGACAACAGCAGAAGUCUUCUAUCGUACAUUGUCUCGUAUUAUUUGCGUAAUUUUGAUGAGGAUGCUGGAAGAGAACAAUGCAUCUUUCCUCUUCCGGAUCCACAAGAUCUCUUCCAGGCUUCACAACUGAAGUUUGAUGAUUUUCAAAAAGAUCUCCGCAAAAUGAAGAAAGAUUUGCGAGCAUGUGAGACAGAAGCAGCAAAAGUUUAUCAGCUAUCACUAGAAGAGCACCUACAGCCCUUCAAAGACAACAUGGAGCAAUUCAUUAGUCAAGCCAAAAUAGACCAAGAAAAUGAAGAGAAGUCACUGACAGAAACACAUAAAAGCUUUUUGGAAACUACAGCCUAUUUCUGUAUGAAACCAAAAAUGGGUGAGAAGGAGGUGUCCCCACAUUCUUUCUUCAGUAUUUGGCAUGAAUUCAGUUCUGACUUCAAAGACUUCUGGAAGAAGGAAAACAAACUUAUUCUUCAGGAAAGGGUCAAAGAAGCCGAGGAAGUCUGCAGGCAGAAAAAGGGGAAGUCGCUAUACAAUAUUAGACCAAAACAUGACUCUGGAAUUAAAGCAAAGAUAAGUAUGAAAAUCUGAGAGAAGAAAUUCAAAAGCCAUUGUUACCUGGUUACCAAAACUCAACAUGCCUGUGGGUGGAGAGGAAACUACAUCAUCCUAAUCAUUUGCUUCCUUGGCCUUUUAAAAUUUGCUUUUUGUUCUCUAGUUUUCCACCAACUGAUGUGUUACUGUACAUUCAUUCAUGAAUGUAAUCACUUCAAUGGAGUGCCCAGAAAUAGACUAGGUAUGGACUUGAAACACCUUCCCUGUACUCUGUAUCUCCUUUGCCACUCAGAAAUGGUAUUUUGUAAAGUGUAUGGUAUAUUACAAAUAGGACAAGUCAGCAUGAAUAAAAAGUGGCAUCUGCAUCAGUUCUGAACAUGCUGAAAAUUGCAUUAAGUUGAACUUCAUAAGAACUUGGUACAGUAAAACAUUUCCAUUCCUACUGGCAACAUCUAACACAAAUACUUCAUGGCACUGCACUUAGAUUAGGGAAAGAAAUGUUACUCCUAGUGAAUUGUUUGUAUCCGUUUCAUGUUGGCAUUUGUAGUUUGUAUUUUGAAUCGUUAAGUGCUGUUUAUACAGUAUAAUCGAUGCUUUCCCAACUUGUUUGGUUGCCCUCCAUGACUAAAUAUUUGUGGAACAAGAUGUUUACUGUAACUAUCUUUAAAAUCGAUAAGGCAGCAUACUUUUACUUCAUCUUUUGCCAGAUAGUGAAUGCCAGGUGGUAUGGGGUUCAGAAAUCCAGCAUAAAAAAAAAAAAAAUCUAAAAAAAAAUUUUAAAAAAAUUGAAAAAGCAAGAAAAUAAUGAAAAGCACAGAAGUAUGAUAGAGAGUAUGAGAGAUUUGGCUAUUAUAGUUUGUUACUAUAUAAAGCAGCUAAUACUUUUACAUGAACUUUAGAAGGUAUAGUAUAGUUUUAACUGCUGAUCACUUAAGUCAGACAGGCUUUUGGCCACAUGUACAUGACUUCCCUUCUGGAAUUAGCUUUACAGUUAAUUUAAAACUCCUUUAGAGAGCCAUUAAAAGAUGCACAUGGAGACAACAUUUAUGGAAAACAGUAGCCAAUUCUAGUGACAGAACAUAGAUUACCAACUAAUUGACAUCAAUUUCACACUUAACAGAAUUACAGACAUUUCCUCCGGGCUUUCAGUGUCCCUUACUACGAGGUUAAUGAUUGAAAUAUAUGACUUAGGGCUUCCAUUUUAGACCACAUGCUUACUUCCUAUUCAGAAUUGCUGAAUUCACUGUAUCAGUUUUAGAAUGCUCAACUGAUAACAACCCCUUCCUCCAGUCCUUUUUUAAGAGCCCCAAACCAAUCGGCUUGAUUGAUAGCAUUUUUCUUUAAAAGCUAAUCUUUCCUGAAAGCUGACUGUGUGUGCAACUCAGUUGGAUGCACGUGCUCACAGCUUUGGAGCCUGAAAGAUGCUGGGGUAAGGCAGAUGAGCUCUAACCUGCUGGGUUGCAUUAUUCCCUGUCUAAUCUAGCACAUCAAGAGACAUUCCAAGCUGUUCAGAGGCUAAUAUACUCUACAGGGUGUCAUAAAAGGAAGUGCAAAAUAUGACCUCAGGAAUCUGUUAUUCUUCACAUAUACCAAGCACUAGAAAAUACGUUUUUUUUCACUAUGUGAAAAGCAAGUCUCCUGUUGCUGAUAAACCUAUGUGAAAAUCUGUACUAGUAGUAAUUUCUGGCAGGGAUAUAAAUUACCAAGAAUGGAAUUCUAAAAUUUUGUGUUGAUGGGAGUAGCAUUACUAUUUGGGGAAGAGAAAAUAAGAGAUUAUUUGCUGUUACAACUAACUUAUAGAAGAAAAACAAACUUUAAAGAGUAAAGCUAUUUUAAUGGCACUGAUUCAAAUCCAUGUUUGUAUUUAUGUAAACAACAGUCUUUUCCUCCUAACUUUGCUCCUAAGUGCAAGGAUACAGUAGCAUGUUUUCAUUUGUAGCUCUCCUGUUCUCUUCAGUACCUACAGUAUGUAUAUUACUAUACUAAAUGAAAUAAUAGAUCAUCUAACUAAGAUCACUAUGUGCAAUACUGUAUUUAGUGUUUCUAUUCCAAUUUUUUUAGAAUGUUAAUUUAUAAGAAAAUAAAAGGAAUAAUAAUGAAAUAACUGCCUUCUCUCAUCACUCUUUGCCUAUUCUGUAGUGUGCUACAAACUGUUUGCUCCCUAAGCACCACAUCCCAUUCUGGCUCCCGUGACUGAGGAGGAGCCUUCGUGAAGAGAGCAGAGGAAAUAUGGCUUCCUAUUGCUUGCCUUUUGGAAGGGUAGUGACAGGAAUUCCCAGAUACGUGGUUAUAAUACCUCUUAGUGGUAGUGAGAGAUUUAGCAUUCCUUACCCAAGAGACUAUGUAAAACUCACUUCUCCAACUUCUGCAUGCCUCCCAGUCUUGCACUUGGCUCAGGUUUGUAACCUGGUCCUACUAACACUGCUGAAUUAAGAGUCUCAAGAAAUUGCUAUUAAGUCAAAAAUAUGCAUUGAAAAAUAUUAUCUGCGUAUUAUAUUCCUUUUAGAUAUAUACAAGUGUUUUAGAAACCUUUGAAAAGGUCCAGCAACCUCUGAAAUCUGUCACAUACAUACAGACCCUUUCUACAGGAUCUGCAGCAUGGAUGGUAGAAGCCUCUCCCUCUGAAGAAGCGUUGACUGCAGCUGAUGGAACCAUAUUAUGAUCACAUGCUGCUAUGUAGAUAAUUCUUUCAUUCUACUCAGACCCAACCUAUUUGGUUGAACAUCUCUCUUCUAUAUAGCUCCUCUCCAGCCUGUCUCAAACAUCCAUUGCAAAGCAUCCCACUACGUGCAGUGUGACAGUGGACCUACAGAACAUCCAAAGGGGGAUUCACAGCACAAGUUUCACUUCUGCUCUUUGUUUUUAGCAGCAUACUCAACUUUUUACAGAAUUCUGGACCACUGUUCUUUGUUUGUUUGGGUAUGUUUUAAAGAGGUUGAACACCCUACUUAGUCCCCUCUCCCCUCAUUUGCUGCAAUCCUCCCCUUUACUGCAACAUCAAGCACUCUAAUCUUAGAGCUGGCCCUACUUCUACAAGAGUUCUAAUAGAAAAAACUCUGAGCCUUUGUUAAUUACUAACACCACGUAUUGCUCACUGUUAGUUAAGUGCAGCAGCAAAAGAAGGACUUUCAUACCU